UUCGAAGGCGCUGCUGCAAGGUUUGAUGACCAACGACAUGGGUCUUUUGGAUGGGGACGGCGGACUUCCGAGCAUAUCGGCGGCGUUCCUCAACCCCAAGGGAUAUCUGGUGGAUUGCCCGCUAUCCGUUGCAGAUAGCCUGAAGACCCACCUCAAGCUUUACAAGCUGAGGUCCAAGGUUAAGAUAAAGGACGCUACGGCUCUGUACGACGUCUUGGUGUCGGGAGUGCGAGACCCCUGGCAGGCGCCUGAGAGGGAGGGAGGAGGGGACAUGUCCCCUGCGGCAGCGGGGCAUUUGGGUGGUGCUGGUGGUGGCCGGGAGGCCCGUUUUCCGGAUCCGCGGAGCGCCGCGCUUGGAGUGCGGCUGAUUCGACCCAAGGGCGAAACCGGUGUGUGUGAUUUCCGAGACAAGGCGGUGGGAUGCAGCCUAGUGCCGCAAGUCUAUAGUAGACUGCGUCUUUUGCCAAAUUUUGGGACCAGUACACCAGCGUUUCUACUUUUGUGCACUGGGUCCCGGCUGCCAUGGCUUCGUACCGUACCGUACCCUGGAAGGCUUUUGCCGCCCUUCGGAUAGUUCUCCUUAGUUCGAUCGCCGCACACCCUCUGCCCUGGCCAAGAGAGCUAGCAAUUGGUUCGCUUCUCUUGUCCUCGCUGCAUGCCUCAUGACUGAUGAAUCAUCGUU